UGUGCAGCAAGCAGUAUAUGAGCCCCGCUGUCUCAUCAGUCACCAGUCACAUGCUCCGCCUCCGAUCUUAGCUCACGGAGCGCGUGAGCACGACUGCAUACCUACCUAGACUCCCUGAGAGUGCCGCUCGCUGCCUCACGCUGCCUCUCCCUUCGCUCGACUGAUCGACUCCACUGUAACAGCGGCCAUGAACGAGUUCGCCCGCUUCUCCAAGCGGGCAGUCGACUACAUCUUCGAUCGGCCGGCCAGAAACGACGACACAGCGCCCAUCUGGUGCUUGGGACGAUCCUACAAGUCGGAUUAUCAACCCACACAGCUGGCGUCGUCUACCGGUGCUUUGCCCGGUACUUCGCCUUCAGCACACUCAGAUGUAUCUCAUGCCGACAGUGCUGUUGUGACCAAGAGCAACGAGAAAACAGAUGGGAAGAGUGUAGAUAACGACGAUGAGUUGGUCAAGAGCUUCGACCAAGUGCAGCUCAGCAAGUCUAUGGACGAGGAAGACCUGGGUUGGCCUUCCGACUUCAUAGAUGACUUUGAGUCGCGUAUAUGGAUCACGUAUCGGGAUGGCUUCCCUCCCAUAGCCAAAUCAACAGAUCCCGCUGCUGGCUCCAAAAUGUCAUUCACCACUAAACUCCGCAGUCUGACGAACCAACAAGGCUUCACCUCUGAUACUGGCUGGGGAUGCAUGAUCAGGAGUGGGCAGUCUCUACUGGCGAACACAAUCCUCUUGCACAGGCUGGGAAGAGAUUGGCGCAAGGGCCAGAAGCAGGAGGAGCACAAGAAUAUCCUGUCGCUCUUUGCCGAUACACCCGAGGCGCCCUUCUCGAUCCAUAAAUUUGUAGAGCAUGGUGCUCAGGCCUGCGGCACAUAUCCUGGCGAGUGGUUUGGACCGAAUGCUACCGCCAGAUGUUUACGAGCGCUCACAGACAAGUACCAUGGAGCUGGCUUGCGAGUAUAUGCACGACCAAACGACAGUGAUGUGUAUGCCGAUGCACUGAUCGAGACAGCGACCCAGAAAGACGCCGAUGACAAGUUCCAGCCUACACUCAUAGUUCUCGGCAUCAGGUUGGGCAUCGAAAAAGUCACGUCGGCAUACCAUGUAGCGCUGAAGGCGGCAUUGGAGCUCCCACAAAGCGUUGGCAUCGCGGGCGGACGACCGAGCAGCAGCCAUUAUUUUCUUGGGCACCAGGGCGAUUCGUUCUUCUAUCUCGACCCGCAUACCACACGACAUAUGUUGUCGCCGCAGCCCUCAGCCGAAGACAUUGAGACGUGCCAUACUCGACGAAUCCGAAAGCUCCCGCUGUCAGAGAUGGAUCCUUCGAUGCUCCUUGGCUUCCUCGUUCGUUCUCAAGAAGAAUUCGAGGAAUGGCGGAAAGCGGUACUAGAAAUGCCAGGCAAAGCCAUCAUCCACAUUCACGAGACAGAGCCCAAGUACUCUACAGGCAAUGAGCGAGCUGGCGCAAUCGACGAAGUGGAAACGAUGGACGAGACUCUAGACGAGGAUGACGAUGACGAAGGCGAGAAGAUAUGAAUGCAUCAUGUGUCGGGGUUUAUUGCAUGGGAAAUGAUGGUAACGUGAAAUGAGAGGAUAUUUGGCGCUCCGGUGGCUCUUCAGAACUGAGCAUACUGAGCGUUUUUGCAUGAUAAUGCGGAUGGGCAUGGCGCAUACUGGAGAUGCAGUUCUCGGCUUAGACUCAGCCAUAGAUACCCGAAGUAAAUGAUGCCUGCGGGUACCUCCUAGGCUGGGUAGCACAAUCGCGUGAACGCGAAAAUGACACGAUGUCGUCUUGGCGGCGUAUGACGAUUGUCUCCUAGAUUCUCUACUUCGUACAGACCUUACCUCCUACCUUA